AUGGCCCCCACAAUCGACGAAAAGGCUACUGGCUUCUUCGUCACUAAUUAUAUCAUCAACAUGGAUAGGCGUCCAGGCAAUUCUGCAGGCUACAGAAUGGACGAUAAUCUUUCGAAUUGCAUGAAAGCUGUGGGACUCGCUGCGUUGGCAAGCGCCGCUCAUGCUCCUGAACUCGUACAAGAGGCACAUAAGCGGUACCUGUCUGCCAUUAAACUUACCAAUGCCGCUUUGGGAUCUCCUGUUGAUGUCAAGAAAGAUAGUACCCUACUAGCCAUCAUGUUGCUAAGCGUUUUCGAAACCGUGACCAGUGGUCGCCAACGCUCACUGAGCGCUUGGACAAAUCAUAUCAAUGGCGCCGCCGCCGUCAUCAAAGUACGAGGACCGGAGCAACUGGCUAGCAUAGGAGGAGUUCGUAUGUUCAUGCAAGUGACGGCCAGUCUCACGGUCAGCUGCCUGGAAGUAGGAAUGGCAUUGCCAGAACAUAUCCUGGCGUUGAAUGCCCAAAUUACCAGGCAUGCUGAUCUUAGCGACCCAGCAUGGCGCUAUUACGAGACCAUGAUGAUGCUCACUAAUUUCCGAGGGCAUGUGAGGUGUGGACUCAUCUCUAACCCACAAGAGAUACUCGCAAGGGCGCUCGAAAUCGAUAAGGCUGCUCUUGCGAUCUGUGCCAAUGCUUCAUGUGUCUAUGAGUAUGAGACAGUUUAUACGAAUGCUGAUCCUGGUGUCAUCUUCGCCGGUUACUACCAUAUGUAUCAUGAUUACAUGUCGGCUUCGGUAUGGAAUGGAAUGCGGGCCAUCAGAUUGAUGUUGCAAGAAAUCAUACGAGACACACUCUUGAAGCUUCAUUCCUCUAGGCCACCAUUUUCCACCAACGAGCAGUAUAGAGCACAAUAUCAGGCAUCGACGAAUACCUUGUACCAAGUGCAAUCCAACAUCAUCGCCAGUGUGCCUCAGCAUUUGGGCUAUUCGCCCACGAAGUCAACAUCUGGCGGGGUCUCAGGCCACAGUUUCCCCUGGUCACCUUUCAAUAGUCGCGUAGCCACUCCCCUCCAUUCGUUGAAGUCAAACUCAGCUGACCCUCCGAUGAUCCGUUCUCUCGGGGGUUACGGCCUGCCAUGGGCAAUCUAUCUCGCGGGCUCCGUCGACAUCGCCACCGAGCCUGUCCAAAAGUGGGCUAUUGGGACUCUCCAGAGGAUUGGUCGAUCGAUGGGGAUACAGCAAGCUAUUGUUCUUGCAGAUAAAUUGAAUAAGAAGAAUACUGGAGUAUGA